CGCGAGCGACGCACAGGCACGAAUGAAACAAAACGCGCGCGUGCACGAGAAAAGAAAUCUCAGCGCGUCAUGGGUGGUUCGCUAAGCGCGCCAGCAUUCUAUCACCCCGACCUGCUCGCAGUUCUUCAAUGUCAGAAGAAAAUCCCGAUCGACUUCGUGUCGCGCGAUGUACCAUCCUGGCACAUCGCUCCCCUGCUGGAAACCCAUACCCACAUAAAGGCGCCCCACCGUCCCGCUUCGCACUCCGUGAUGACGGAUUCAGUCGCGUGCGACGUGCCUUUGUACCAAAGGCACGUUGCACAAUUGGCUGAAGUGCCUUCCAAGCGUCCCCGGGACCCAGAUUGGUCGAGAAACUCACCCGUGGCGAACGAGCUUGUAGAUAUCUUGAACGGCGCACUACAGGACAUGGGGGGGUGGCCCAUUUGUGAAACGAUCCGAUGCUUGUGCUGCUCUGUAAGCGGCCCGGUGCGAAACACACCGCCGCAAAUGGUAGAGGCAUUUAAGAAAGUUUGUCAGCAAGUCAACGAGGCUAAGCUUUUCAAUAUGGGCCUCCAAUGCAGAGCCGGCAUGUACAAAAUAGAAAGAAAAGCCGGCGAGGGCGUAGCGGAAGUAAAUGAAUUCUGCGUGUUGGUGGAAAAAAGAGAUGACGAAAAGCUUCGCAAUGUGGAAGCACUGGACACACUGGAAUAUAUUCGUUCUUUGAAGCUCUCCCCCGGCUGGGAACCUAGAGACUGGAGAGAUCACCAUGCGGUGGUGACAGGCUGGUCACCGCCUGCAAACUGGAUGGCCCGCUGCUAUGAUUUUCCUACUCCUUCCUAUGAAACAACGAAUUAUGUUUAGAGUACUUCGAACGUCAAGCAAUCGGAUAUAAUCUUUGUCUAUUGUACAAUCGCACACGUCUUUGACCGCGUCCGAGGUCGCUAAGGCUGAACUUGUUCAAGCGAUGUAUCAUGAAAAUCGGUAUUACAAUUCUAUUUGCCGACCGCAUCGGUGAACUCUAACGGCGUAUCGGGCGUCGAGCGCGCGCGACGGAGCGUCGCCGUUUCCGCUCGAGCCUUCACGAGCGACCGUUAGUUUGGCGAAACGUUUCGUUUACGCCUCUUCGACGACGGCUGCGACGCUGCACCUUCGACUUUAACUUCGCCGUCACCAAUGUUCACCGUUGCCGUCCGUCGCAAUCGCAAUCGAAUCGGUCCCCUGAAC